AUUUAUGCCACAGCAGAGACUAGGAAUGAGACGCAAAAAUUAAUUAUUUUACGCUUUUUAAAAUACCAGAGAAUACGGGACGCGUAAAUGUCCCGACAACAAUCUGAGGACUUGGGAUAUGGACCUUGAAAUAAGAGACUGUCCCGUAUAAAGCCUAGUACUUCGCACUUUUUUGACAUUGCUUCGACAAUUUGACGUUUGAUUCAGGCAUAAAACGUCAAUUUGUCGAAGCAAUGUCAAAAAAGUGCGAAUUUCGCAGUUAUGAGUACUAGGCUUAAUACGGAACGUAUGACAGGCUUAGCUAUCCGCUUUCAGUAACUUUGCCUUGUUAUCCAUCGUAUACCUACACCACCUUGACCUACACCCAAGGUUUCUAAAGUUGAUAGGUGGCGUAAUGGCAGGUAAUGGUAGAUUUGCAUUAUGAUGAGCCGCCCCAGAGGACCUCAUACAGUUAUCAGGCAAUCUACGUACCUCUCUCAAACAACCUUGAAAUUAUACCUAAACAUUCUAGAAUGCUUCAGAGCGUUCAAAAACCUAUUUACAUUUUCCAAAAGCAUUUUUGAACAAUUCAGAAGCUUGAAACCCAUUUUAGGACGCUCUAAAACACUCAAUAACCACUCUAGAAUUUCCAGAAACAUUUUGAAAAGCGCCAGAUUCUUAGUAUUCAGGUUAAAAGUUACAUACGCCAUACGCCUAAGGGAUCGAGUUCAAGAGCGAAAUUGAAUUGCUGUACUUUAAACCUUCAAUAAGGAUCCAAAACAGUUCAAAUCGAAAUCAGAGUUUUCAGGAACAUUUUGGAACAACUGCAAAAACUUCAAAGUUACCUUCUUCUUCUUCGUCAGCUCGUGUCUAUCCAUUGUCGGAUAUGGGCUUCUUCCAAGUUUUUCCAUGUCCCGCGAUCUCUCGCUAAUCUCAUCCAUUGUCCCCCUGCCACCGUUUUGACAUCGUCUAUCCAUCUUUUUUAGGUCGUCCCACAUUUCUUGUUGUUCCUCUUGGUCUCCAGAGUGUCGUUUUCUGGGUCCAUUCAUCUGGGUCUUGUCUCGUCACAUGUCCGAUCCAUUGCCACUUCUGGCUUGCUACCCUUUUCACAACAUCCGUGUCAUCCGUCACUUUGGUUCUAUCACGUACUUGCUCAUUUCGUACUCUAUCUCUUAAGGUGAUUCUCUCUAUGGCUCUCUAUGCGACUCUCAGUUGCUCACCUGCUGUUCGGGUUAUUGCCGUAGUUUCUAAGCCGUAGGUAUAGCCUCUUGAUAAUUUGCAAAAGUUUCAAAAAUUUCUUCUAAAUUGAAGAAAAAAUAAGAAAUUCACAUUGUCUAAUGCAUGAUUCUGUUUUUUGUACUCCAAAUAUUCCAUUAUUAUUUUAUUUAAGCAAUAAACUCAUAUCUAUAUGUUAUUUUGGUUACCUGUAAAUAGAACUAGUAACCUUUAUGCCGCAGAUAACAAAAUUAGAGAUAAGCCCAUGACCUGAACGCACCUGGAUACAAAAGUCGCGACACUAUUCAAUUUUUACCCACAUAAGGUUGUUUUGUGAUGAGUGCGGUCGUCUGAUAGUUUAAUUUUUAUUUACCUCUUUAUUCAGUUUAUAAGUUGUUACAGUUUUUGGAGUUAAUGGAAUUAUUAAGAAUAUUGAAAAAUGGACGCGCUUAGUGACAACGAAGAUUAUCAUCUACGGAUCAACAACAAACAUAAGGGCUUAUUUUCCAUUACAGGCCUGCUACAAAAGAAAAAGAAUGGUGAAACUACAACAACCAAUGAAACUCUGGAAAGUCCAGUAACAGCUGCAAAAACCCUAAGAAGGAAACGCAUGGACCGAACUUCCUCUAACAACAAUGGUAUUCUCUCUUCAACAGUUACAGAUUUUGCCCUGCACAAUAACAACAAUAAUAUUAAAAAUGAAAGACUUAGUCCUAGUACUCCAGAUACCUCAUCAAGAUCUCGUAGCGUUACUCCUAGUUCAGCUUCCCAUUCAGACACUCCUUCAUCGAAUGAAAAUCCACUCUUGGGACCUAUUACAGGAAGAAAUUAUAGCGAUUUUAUGCGCAGUUUAGCUGCUAAGUACAAUCAUGCAAAUCCAAACGAUUAUUUUAGUGCCGCACGGAACGGUUUCCCACCUCCUCUGGAUCCCAGAUUCAAACCGUCCACAACAUCAUCGGUGGCAUUUCCCCAAUCGCUGUUGCCAAAUCCAGCAGUAGCUCCCACACCGAAAGACUCAGAGGCGGCAACGAAAAAACCCGAUUUCGCGUCAGUUCUGAGUCCUUUUGCCGGAGCGGCCGCUGCAAUGUUUCCGCCUCUGAUCGACAUGUCAACGACGCAAGCUCUCUUGGCCAUGGUACGAACCGCCAAAGAAGCUGAGCUACAAGGGUUGAUAAAGAACGUGAAACGACAAGACACUUCUUCGCCGUUGGACUUAUCGUCAGCAGCGCCGCCUACGAAAAGGGCGCGCAUUAAAACUCCUUCAAUCGGUAGUCCUCGUAACGCAAGUACGGGAACUCCGCCGAGUUUGGCGAGAAGGCCCGAAAGCGAGAGUCCAAAGUUGCACGAAGACGUUAGUGGCUGGUCCGUUGAUGAUGUGGCGAAUUUUGUUAGUGGGAUAGAUAUUUGUGCCGAAUAUGCGCAGAAUUUUCGAGACCAAAAAAUCGACGGCAGCGGCCUACCACUGCUUACGGAAGAUCACCUGACGAACACCAUAGGGAUGAAACUGGGUCCGGCUUUGAAAUUACGUUCGAUUUUGGGAAAAAAAUUGGGCAGUUGCAACGUGUGCCUGCACUGCACUCAUUGUCACAAUAAUAAUCCAGAAAAUCCAGUGAAUAUGGGCAGUAACACUUCGGAUUCGGGAGGAAAUUCCUAAACUUGUUUGUUUGUGAAUAUUUUUUUUUGUAAAUACUUUUGUGUAUAUUCUGUAUUUCAGACUCAAUUACAAUCAAAUAUAAAUAAUUAAUUCAAAAAAAAAAAAAAGGAAAAACGUCCAUGUGUGUUGAGCUCUCAUAUUUUUAAUGUGUUUAAUAAUUUUAGUGGAUUAUUAAUUUUAUUUAUGAAGUACAUACUUAAUACAAAGUUUGCUCAAAAUGUGUCUUAAAUAAAUACAGGGUGGGAAUAAUAACAAACUUAAUUUGAAAUUAAAGUUUUUAUUUGGGGUCGUUGUUGUUAGACCACCCUGUUUGAUGUAUAAUACUUUAUCUAGUGACCUAAGUAUAAAAACGACAAUAAAAUGCAAUAUAAUUUAAUUUAAUUUUUAUAUAAAUUAUUUGAUAUUCAUAAAUGAUAAAAAUAUAAAAU